AUAAAUAAUUAUUUCAUGCUGUCUUGCAAUCUGCCGAGCAAGAAAAAUGUUAAUCUUGUUUCUGUCGACUUCUUUUAAGUUUAGUAAUUAUUCUUGUAUUGAUAAAUUCGCUUGUAAAAAAAAUGGAAAACCAGAAGGAAGCAACGGAAAAUUAUUCCUUUUCCAUCACACAUGGAGACAAUUCGUGUGUAUCUGGAGGUCUCUACAUAUGGAACAAAAACAUUAAAAACAAAUCCAGAAAUGAAAUACCGAAAUUCCCCAGUUGGCCCAUGCUUUGGAAUCUGAUUUUCUGUCCAGUAAAAGCGCAAGAUUAUCGUAAACUUUGUGGCACGUUUAUUAUUCAAAUAUUGAGUAGUGUACGUAUGGCAUUCUCAGAAGAGAAAGUAUUGAAAUUAUCGUGGGGUGGCUCUAAUUAUAUUUUAUUAUCUCACCCCGAAGUGGCUGAGGAAGUACUGAAGAGUCACACCGUGAUCAACAAAGAUUGGAUUUAUAAUAUUCUUCAUCCAUGGCUAGGAACAGGUCUUCUAACAAGUUCGAAUGAUAAGUGGAGACAUCGUAGAAAAUUAUUAACUCCAGCAUUUCACUUUCGAAUUCUCGAAGACUUUCAAGAGAUUUUCAACGAUUACUCAACCAUUUUAAUUGAAAAGUUGAAGAACAAAAAGGAAAAUGAAGAAUUUCUUAUGGACGAGCUCAUUAGCCUGUGCACUUUGGAUAUUAUUGGAGGGCUUUGUUUAUGCUCAGUACUUUUCAAGUUGGCUUCAUAUUAUGUUCGAAAUUUCUUACUAUUAAAGCAACCGUACCAAGAAAGGUGUAGUGAUUCAAUAUGUUAUUCUAUAAAUAUAUUAUUAUUAUUUACAGAUUCAGCAAUGGGAGUUCAAAUUAACACUCAAGACAGAUCUGGUACUGAUUAUGUCAUUGCCAUUAAUGAUAUAACAUCCGCAAUUAUUCAAUGGGUCGCAAAGCCUUGGUAUUGGUUCGGUCCCAUUUUCAACUUGAGCCCAUUAGGAAUAAAAUUUCACAAAGACAUUCAAACCGUUCACGAAUUUGACAGAAAGGUAAUUAGAGAAAAGAAACAGAAACUGAUCGAAGAACUGAAAGACAUGCAAACAAUCGACUACUUUCAAGAAGAGAAGAAAGUUAUGGGGGUGAAGAAGAAGAGAGCAUUUUUAGAUUUACUACUUUAUCAUCAUUUAACGGAUGGAAGUCUCAACGAAGAGGAUAUCAGAGAAGAAGUCGACACUUUCAUGAUCGAAGGACACGACACAACUGCUAUGGGAAUUAGUUGGACCCUUUAUCUACUCGGAUUGCAUCCCGAUAUACAAGAGAAACUGUACCAGGAGCUGGAGGAAAUUUUUGGUGAAGACAUGAAUAAAUCUAUUACGUCCGAUGAACUUAAAAGAAUGAAGUAUUUAGAAUGUGUUGUCAAGUGUCAGCUGCAGUGUAUGUGUAAAGCAUGUAAUGCCUUUAAGUUGCAAUUCCUGAUUCCAGCUUCCAUAUUUGCUCCAGAAUCUCUCAGGCUUUGUUUAUGCUCAGUACUUUUCAAGUUGGCUUCAUAUUAUGUUCGAAAUUUCUUACUAUUAAAGCAACCGUACCAAGAAAGGUGUAGUGAUUCAAUAUGUUAUUCUAUAAAUAUAUUAUUAUUAUUUACAGAUUCAGCAAUGGGAGUUCAAAUUAACACUCAAGACAGAUCUGGUACUGAUUAUGUCAUUGCCAUUAAUGAUAUAACAUCCGCAAUUAUUCAAUGGGUCGCAAAGCCUUGGUAUUGGUUCGGUCCCAUUUUCAACUUGAGCCCAUUAGGAAUAAAAUUUCACAAAGACAUUCAAACCGUUCACGAAUUUGACAGAAAGGUAAUUAGAGAAAAGAAACAGAAACUGAUCGAAGAACUGAAAGACAUGCAAACAAUCGACUACUUUCAAGAAGAGAAGAAAGUUAUGGGGGUGAAGAAGAAGAGAGCAUUUUUAGAUUUACUACUUUAUCAUCAUUUAACGGAUGGAAGUCUCAACGAAGAGGAUAUCAGAGAAGAAGUCGACACUUUCAUGAUCGAAGGACACGACACAACUGCUAUGGGAAUUAGUUGGACCCUUUAUCUACUCGGAUUGCAUCCCGAUAUACAAGAGAAACUGUACCAGGAGCUGGAGGAAAUUUUUGGUGAAGACAUGAAUAAAUCUAUUACGUCCGAUGAACUUAAAAGAAUGAAGUAUUUAGAAUGUGUUGUCAAGGAGUCAAUUAGGAUCUAUCCUCCGAUUCCCGUCAUAAUCAGAAAGAAUCCUUCCGAUAUGAAAGUAGGUGAUUAUAUCUUCCCGGCAAAAUCAUCCCUUGUAAUAAACAUUUAUGGGAUUCAUCAUAAUCCAACGGUUUUCGAAAAUCCCGAAGUGUUCAAUCCGGAUCGAUUUCUACCAGAAAACUGCGAUAAACGUCAUCCCUUUGCCUUUGUGCCGUUUUCUGCCGGCCCACGCAAUUGCAUAGGACAAAGAUUUGCGAUGAGAGAGAUGAAGACAGUUUUAUCAAAUGUUAUCCGACAUUUUCGAGUGAAAUCUUUGGAUCACAGAGAUAAGAUUUUCGAGUCAGCUGACGUCAUUCUUCGUCCUAAAUUUGGUAUAAGAAUGACCGUCGAAAAACGAUAAAAGAAAGAAAUAUUUUGUUUCAGAAAAUAUAAAAUCUAUAAAUUACGAAACAGUUGUUCAUAAUACAACGUUUCAUUUAUUCCAGAUUCUUAUCAAUAUGAUAAUCCGAGCAGCGAAUAGUAGAUAUGAUCUGCUUGCCCAGGAAGGGUCUACGUCAGAUGAAAGAAAUGGAAGGCGACCUGUAUACGUAGAUCUGAUAUCUUUCAGCUAUUUUUUAUAUUCUUAAAACGUUUUUAUACUACUUUUGUUAUAAAUAAUUUUUUUUUCGAAAUUAUGAUACUAUGAUUCAUGUGUCAACUCUCAACGUCGCCUUUAAUUCUUGGCAUCUCACAUACACCCUUUUCGUUUCGAUCGAUUAAUGUCACU